CUUAUGUUAUAAGUGAUGUACCUACUUAAAUAUAAGAAAUUUGUUCGUAGUUAAAAUUUAAAAAAAAAAUGUUUCUAUUACUUAUUUUAAUUUUUGUGCCAAAUUUCCUGCUUGCAGUGGCACAGGAUGUCUACGUAACAAUUCCUAAUGGAGCCAUUAAGGGUAGAACCGAAUAUUCCUCGAGGAAAAUUUCUUUUCACGCUUUUCAACAAAUUCCUUUUGCUAAACCUCCAAUUGGUGACCUCAGAUUUGCCGAUCCGCAACCUGCUGAAAAAUGGGAAGGCGUUCUUGAUGCCACUAAAAAUACCAAAAUGUGCUUUCAGCAAGGUAAUAUGUUCAGGAUAGAUAACUUAUUGGAGCUUGAAAAUGAAGAUUGCUUGUAUUUGAACGUUUAUAGACCAAAAUACGUAUCAGAAAACUCUUCCCUUCCUGUAAUGUUCUAUAUUUAUGGAGGGGGAUUCGUCAAUGGUGCAGGAAAUUUUGAUUUUUUUGGACCACAUUAUUUGAUGGAAAAUGACGUAAUUGUCGUUACAUCAAACUACAGAGUCGGACCUUUUGGAUUCUUAACUACCGGCGACCUCACAAUUACUGGAAACUUUGGGCUAAAAGAUCAACUGUUAGCAAUGGAAUGGGUGAAAGACAACAUUAGAUAUUUCGGUGGAGAUCCCCAAAAAGUGACGAUUUUUGGACAAAGUGCUGGAGCAGCUUCAGUAUCAUUUCAUUUAAUGAGCAAAAAAUCCAAAGGGUUAUUUAGAGCUGCAAUCGCUCAGAGUGGUUCCUCACUGAGUCCAUGGGCUUAUCAGAGAGAAUACAAAAAUAUAGCUUAUGAAUUAGCUUCAACAUUGGAUGCUAAUUUUAAAGUUUCAAGUGAUUCAAAGGAAUUGUUGGCGUUUUUAAGAGGAAAGCCAGCUUUAGAUAUUAAUACCGUUGCUGCAAACUUUAAACAAGGUAUUGGCAACGAACAAAUAAUUCAAGGUUUCUGGUUCACUCCGGUUAUAGAACCAAACCACGACAACGCUUUUAUAUCAAAAAACAUGUACGAAACCGUAAAAAAUGGCGACAUGAACAGGGUUCCUCUAAUGAUUGGAAUCACAUCAGAAGAAGCAAUUGCUCGAGCAGCAGAUGCAAAGUUUAAGUCGAGAGUACAACAAUAUGAAAACGAUUUGCAGAGAUUGGUUAAUAAAAACAUGCACAUAAAAGAUGAAACUAAAAAGCGACAAGUCGGCGAUGCUAUUAGAAAAAUAUAUACGAAUGGAUUGUUGCAAGAUGACCUGGGAAAAGCACUCAGAUAUUUCAGCGAUAUGUCCUUUAAUAGAGCUGUUAUUACUCAUGCAAAACUGCAGUCUGCCUUUAGCGAUGUUUACUUUUACCAGUUUUCAUACCAUGGACCAAUGGGUGGAAAUAGACCUGCUCUAGAUGGAGCAUUUAAAGUUGGCCACGCUGAAGAUAACCACUACUUGUGGUCAUCUAUGAAUCACACGUUGUUAGACAAAUAUCCCCAAAUAGAUAUUGAUACAAGUAACAAAUUUAGAGCCCUGUUUUCCAAUUUUGCAAAAUAUCUAAAUCCAACGCCAAAACAAUUAGAUCUAUUUAACAAUAUAAUUUGGCCAACCGUCAAGCCUAAUGAUUUUCAGUAUUUGGAUAUCAACGAAACGUUAUCUAUUCGAACGGAUCCUAAAGGAGAUGUCUAUUCUAAAUGGGUAGAUAUUUAUCAAACGUACGCUAUCAGCCCAUUAGAC